AUGUCGUGGUUAUUGAUGCGCCAGACGGGGGUCGAUCCCGCACGUCGGGCCUGGCACACCCUGGAGGUGACCCCCACCGGCGGCAAGAUGAUCCUCUUCGGCGGAUUUGACGGCGACAAGCAGUACUACAACGACAUUCUACUCAACGAUCGUGGGUCACGUUGGGAGAAGCCCACGGUGGGUGGCGUCGCGCCCACGCCCCGCAGCCAGCAUUCCUGCGUGAUGGCCGGGAGCAAGAUGAUCAUCUUCGGCGGCUGGGACGGCGAGAAGGCCCUGUCCGACCUGCACUGGGUGUGGGAGAAGGUGAAAACGAGUGGCUGCAUGCCCCAGGCACGAUACGGCCAUUCGGCUGCCUACCUGAGGCACGACCACCCGGCUCUCGGCUCUGUUGCGCUUUCCGCUUUCCAGAAAUCUCACUCACGCCGCGUUUGCGUCGGCGUGAUGUACGUGUUUGGCGGACGAGGCUUCGGCGGGAGCUAUUUGACGAUGGACAAGGUGCUGAUGCUCAACACCAACACCUACGUCUGGGAGGAGAAACACGCCGGCGGCGACGUCCCCACACCCCGCUUUCUCCAUACAACCACCACUCUCAAACUGCUUAACGGGCUUUAUCUGUUUGGCGGCGAACACAACAACGAAGCCCUCAGCGACCUCUACGUUUUCAAUCCAGCGCUGCCGGACAGUCAGAAGUGGGUGCGGCUCCGCAGCCGGAAGAUACCGCCUCGAUCGUCCCACUCGGCCGUCGGGGUCGGACCCCUCAUCGUCUUCUUCGGCGGCGAGAACAAGAAACUCGCGCCCAAGCCCACCCACCACAACGACGUCUGGAUCUACUUCGCCGACGAGCAAAAGUGGCGCGAGGCCAAGGCCACCUUCGGCCGCCCCGGGGAGGACAACGCGAGGGCGCCUCCGGCCUAUGCUGGUCACACGAUGGCGUUGUUUUCAAAGAGUAAGAUCUUCUUGUACGGCGGAGUGCGACAGGAGAAGCCGCUCACCACGACGCACUACUCCAACGACCAGCUCAUCCUCUACCACCUCGAAUCCUUCAACGAACUCCUCAAACUGGAUAGCAAAGGAAAGAAGAAGAAAUCCAAGGAGAGGUCCGGCAGCUCGCGGCGAGACAAGUCUUCGAGUACCGCGGCCAAGCUCAAGAGCAUCAUGAAGGCCAAGAACGCCCCGCCGACCUCUCAGCGCCUAGCUCGCAGCUACACCAUCGGCGACGUCGGCAUUGGCGUUCCGUACAACGUGCAGAGGAUGCUGCACGUCGACAUCAAUUACAACUGGGAGGGCGUGGCCGAGGACAACUUCGCCAUCGAAGAGAAGCUCGGCGAAGGGGCCUAUGGAGCGGUGUACAAGAGCACGCAGAAGGGGACCGGCUGCGUUUUGGCGAUCAAGGAAAUCAACGACGAAGGCGACUUCGAGGAACUGAAGAAGGAAAUCGAUAUCCUCAAAAAGAUCUUGAUGGACUACAUGUCGGUCGGCUCGGUGCGAGAUCUGAUCGAAGACACGCAGAUGGCGCUCACCGAGGAGCAGGUCGCCUUCAUCUGCCGCGAGUCGCUCAAGGGCCUGCUCUAUCUCCACGGCACCAAGAUCAUCCACCGCGACGUCAAAUCGGCCAACAUACUCCUCGACUCGGACGGAGCCAUGAACGAACACAACUCGCAGGCCAAGGAGCGAAUCGGCACUCCCCUGUGGAUGGCGCCCGAAGUGAUGUUGCAGCAGCGAUACAACUCCAAGUGUGACGUGUGGUCACUGGGCAUCACCGCCAUCGAGAUGGCCGACGGCCUGCCGCCCAACCACGACGUCUCUCCCGUCCGCGCCAUGCGCCUUAUCCCUCAGCAGCCGCCACCGACGUUGGAGAAUCCGUCGGAGUGGUCGAAGGAGUUCAACGAUUUUGUGGCCAAGUGCCUGGUCAAGGACCCCGAGGCCCGGCCAACGGCCAUGGACCUCCUCAUGCACCCGUUCAUCGCCACCGCCAAAGGUCCGGAAGUGAUGAAGGAGCGACUGGCCGAUCUCAUCAUCGUGCGAGAGGACAAGAAGAACGAGAAAGCCGAGGACUCGGAAAGGUUCUUGCCAGCCCUCUCCCGACGGGAGCUUCGGCGAAAGCUGUCAUCUUCGAACGACGCCUUCUCCACCAUGCUCGUCAACAACGAAGCCGAAGGCAGCGGCGACUAUGCGCUGGCGCGUAACAGAGCGCAGUACAGCAGCGGCGGCGGCGGAGCGAGCAGCGGCGAGAGCUACGCGACGAUGGUGGUCAACGACGACGGCGAGGAGGGCGGCGACGCCUGGAGCACCAUGGUCGUCAACGACCAGGCCGAGGGCGGGAAGCUGGACCUGAGCCACGACGACGGCGACGGCGAUGACAGCGGCGAUAUGUGGAGCACGAUGGUGGUGCGCAACGACGUCGAGGGGGUCAAGCUGGCGGCGGCCGGCAGCCUGUCGAGCGAGGACACAGCGACCGAGGACGAGGACGAGAGCGGCGGCGGCGACGCGUGGAGCACCAUGGUCGUCAAAGACAACGUCGCCUCACAGAAGCUCAACAUCGACCCGAGCGGGGCGAGCAAGCCGAUUGCGGCGCCGACGCUGCACAACAGCAGACAUUCGCUCAUUCCGCGCGCGGCCACGGCGUCGCCACCGCCCACCGGCGCGACGACGGCGUCUUCCUCCUUCUCGCCCUCGUCCUACAACCCACCGUCGAGCUUUGGCAGCCCCGCCGGCCGGCCCAACACCAGCCCUGUGGUACCGCGCUUCGGCCAAGCGGGCAACCAGCGCAUCACGCCCGGGACUAGUGUCCCCGCGCCCGUCGGCAAGCGCGCGUUCGGCCGACCCCCUCCUCCCUCCCGCAACUAUCCUCCCGGAACGCAACCUGCCGGGCAGCCGAACCCGGUGCCGCUCUACGCGUCGCCGUCGCAGGCCGGCAGCAUGGUGGCGGCCUCCUCGACGGCCCUCGCCGCCGACCCGCCCGCGCCGCUCGCGGCCAGCACCGGCUCCGUCCACAUGCGGCCCUCGACCGCCAGCCGCAGCCCCGUGGGCAGCGUCAUCCGGCCGCCGUCCGCCGCGGCCGCCGCAAGCGGCGCCUUCUCCCUCGCCUCCGCCUCAUCCACACUCGCCGCCGUCACCACCUCAUCAUCAUCGUCGCCAUCGCCUUCUUCAUCUUCUUCAUCAUCGUCAUCGACGGGUGAGAACGGAGGGGUGGACGACGCGGUGCUGGCGCGGCUGAUGCCGCUGAUCGAUCGGCUCGUGGAGGAGAAGGUGCAGAAGCGGCUCGCCGAGGAACGGGAAAGGCUCAAGCUGGAGAUCCUCGCCGCCCUCCAGAAGAAGUAA